UCGCUGAUUACAAGCUAUUCUCUGAGCCAUUCUUAAUAAUUAUUUUGAAAUUAGAAAAUAAUGGUACUGAUGGUUCUCGUCGAGGUAGAAUGGGUUGGGGUGAAGUAAUUAUGGAUGAGAAUUCCUGGGGUCGUAGUAUCAACAUAAUGUGUUUGGCAGUGGAACAUCUGCUACCCAGAGGAAUGUUACAAUGCCCUGCAUUGAUUGAUGGUCUUAAUUCUAAAGGAGAACACAUUUUACUCUUUGGCUCGCAUUGUUGGUCGUCAGAACAAGAAGGCUAUACGAAACGGAGUAAGCGCCCUGGACCUACUACCACAACUACAGCUUAUGGAGUUCCUAUUCCUGAACAUGAUCUUGACCACCAAAAUUUGCUAGAAAAGAAUUUGCCUACAUCAACCACUACAUAUUACGAGGUGAUGGGUACAACUAAUGGUAAUGAGGGGAGUGGAGAUAUGGAUAUUUGCCGAGUCUGCCGUUUGACGGGAAAUGAUGCUCUUUACCAUCUUCGUCUCCGCACUGGUAGCAUCAAAUACGUCCAUCAGGAUUGUCUGUUACAAUGGCUAAGUACAGCAAAAAGGAUGUUUGUGAACUUUGCAAUCAUAAAUUUUCCUUUCGUCCCCUCUACCGAGCUGACAUGCCUGAACGUUUACCAUUGA